ACUGCGGCGGCCAUCAACCCGAACAGAGUCCCCUGUGCGCGAGCUCUUGGUUUACUAGCCCGGUCUGACGUGCUCGGUGUCUCACUCUCCCUCCUCUUCCCUACCUCUCUCUCUCUCUCUCUCUCUCGCACACACUGUCUCUCUCCCCCUCCUUCGCCAGCUCGUCUUGGGAUCGCCCGUUUGUGUUUAUGUAGCGCCCCAAGGACUUGUGACAGCGAGAAUUACAGGACUUUUACCGUGCCGAGAGUAAACGCUGCUAUACUUUUGGUGAAGUAGUGCCGCCCGACUGUGAGAGUGUACGAGUGGAAAAAUCAUGCGCGGUCAAUGACCCCUGGCAAGUCAUGACCUUACGUAACAAGGUGCAAUACUAAACAGAGGGCGGUUCUAAAGGUGCUGUGUCCUUCGAGUGCUAAAACAGUCGAUCAAUCCUACACGAUCAAGUGUCAACCAAGUGGAUGAAAAACGAGGUGUUUCAAUAGCAAUAAUAUAUUCGGUCUCUGCCGUCCUGCGAGCGGGGCCAUGACAGUGCCAGGAGAACACGUGUGACCCCAGUGCAGCGAACACCCAAGCUUUUGGCCACAGUGCGCCCCUCCGCUUUGCCCUACGAGGAAAAUUCCGUCUGCGAGGCAAUCAGAGGUGCCCCUCGGCUGUCUUGGGAAGGACACGGAAGAAGAAGAUCAUUGUUUACAUGCGAGGAGGCGGUGGUGUUGCGAGGGUCCGGAGCAGAGUAUCUCGCGGAGGGUCAUUCACCCCCAAGAGAAGCGCCACGGUACCGUGGUGCAGGCGGCCUUGUGGUCGGUCUCUCCCUCUUUCGCCCCCUCCCCCGUCAAGUCCCUCUCACGCCCAUCUCCAAGGGCCUGGCUGUCGUUCAGGAGGCCUUAGGACACCCUCGUAGCAUUCCUGCAACUCUUCUGGGGCGUUGGGGAGCCCUUUGACGGACCUCGCAAGUUUGGUGUUUUGCAGUGUUACUGUGCGAGUGUGAGGUGGAGAGGGUUCAUUGACCCCCAAAGCUGCGAGCAGCGCGCACCACGCACACCCCUUGUCUCAUACACUUACCACGCCCGCACGCCCGCAAACAACACACCACCCACACUCCUUCACGUACCCCGCACAGUCUCAAGCACGAGGAUUGACCGAGUGUACGGGCAUAAGGCCCCCUCUGAAGAAACUUGAAAACGUCCAAGAUACAAAUAAGCAAAGUGCAAGAGGAAGAAGGUGUUAGUAUGUGUGUGUGUGUGUGUGUUGUUGUUGGUCUGAGGUGAAUUUACAGUUACUAGAGUGACGGUACCUGUUCACGCUUCGAGGAUCCUACACACCACUGUAAUACUUCACCCCUCCCGGACCACUGCUAAAGUGAGAGAAGGAGGAAGACUCGCAGAUAGUCAUAGUACUAACAUUGCAGCCCGUGCUACAGCCGUUGCAUACUGCCUGGCACUUCGCAUUUCUCGCGGCAACGGCCUCUCUUUUUUUUUUUUUAAUUGACUGCAACUGCAAGAGCUGCCCGACCACCCCACUCUACCUCCUCCUCCAAUCAGUCAGUGCAAGGAAAAGCACAUCCUGAAGGCGUUGUUGCAACAGCAAUAUAGGCUGUGAAUGCCUCGCUGACCCACCCACCCGGUUUCCUCAACAUCUCAACACUUCUCGUGUGUCCUCUAAGGAGGCGAGGGAGUUUUAUGGAGUCAUUCUCCCGUCAGCAUAGUCUCUGAACGUCCGUCAGCCGAAGCUCUGUUUUUUUAUUUUUUUAUUUUUUUCUUUCUCACUUUGACGGAGUUCGGUGCCCAGCAAAACCUCUUAUCUAAUCUGUGGCAUGUUCUCCAACCAACAGUGCCCCGUGAGCAGUUGCUGUAACCCGAAAAUCUACACAACAAGCGGUUGUGGAUUCAGGAAGACUAUCAUUUACAUCAAAUAGAUUUUAGAGAAUAAAAGCUAUUUUUAGGGAAACUCAUUCAUUAUAUGUACUACACGGUGCUUAAGCGACUGGUGGUGCUUCCCUUCGUAGAUUGUUUAAGACACUGCGUCCAAGAAGAGAUGAUUUUCCAUAUAAGGUGAAAAUGCGCUUGAAAGACUGACAGAGAUGAUCUGUAAUAGGUCAUCUGUCACGUGAUAUAUGGCCCGAGGGCCUGAAGUAUAAGAGAGAGAAAAUAUUUUUGUAUUAGGAAAAUAUUAUAAUAAUAAUAAUAAUAAUAAAAACCCGUGUCCAAGUACAUAACACAGGUAGGUUAUAAAGUGUUGCCUGUGUGCCUAUUAGUCCUCACAAAAGUGGAAAUAAUUCAACUGGAGGACUUUAGUAUAAUUACUACAUUAUAAGUAUUAAGUGGCCCCCCCUCAAAAAAAUUAUUAAAGAAUAAGAAGUGUUCAGUGUGUGUGUGAUUUUUUUGUGGGCAUUAGGUCUAUGUACCGUUUCUAUUAGAAGAAAGAGGGGGAAACAAAUUUUGUUUCAAUCAAACUUUUUUGCGGUGCCUCAAAAACAAAACUUCAAACUGGAGCCGUUAAACCGAAACCAGUGGGACUUCGGAAGCCUGCUGAAGAACCCCGAGGAAUCUCUGACGAAGAUGGAUCUCCUCAGCGAGAUCUUUGGGCCGGGCUGGGAGAGGGAGGUCACGGGCGAUGCGGUGGACACGACCACGCCCUCCUCCUCUACUCCCACGCCCACUAACCGGCCGCCCUCUUCGUCCUCGGCCGAGAAGAAGUCAAACUCCAUCAAAGGUAAAGCCCAGAUCGAGAUAAUCCCGUGCAAGGUUUGUGGGGACAAAUCUUCUGGCGUCCACUAUGGGGUCAUCACCUGCGAAGGCUGCAAGGGCUUCUUCAGGAGGUCGCAGUCCUCCGUCGUCAACUACCAGUGUCCCCGGCAGAAGAACUGCGUGGUGGACCGCGUCAACCGCAACCGAUGCCAGUACUGCCGGUUACAGAAGUGCCUCGCCCUUGGCAUGUCCCGGGAUGCGGUGAAAUUCGGACGCAUGAGCAAAAAGCAACGUGAAAAAGUGGAGGACGAGGUUCGGUACCACAAGUCGCAGAUGCGAAGCAUGCCCGGCGAGGAGACUUCUCCGGACUCGUCCAUAUACGAACCUCCAACUCCCACUUCCUCCAAUAUAUACCCACACAUGUACAGCACUUAUGUGCCAGCGGACAUCACCCCAUUCUCGACCACUGGCUACACGUACACUCCUCAAACCUCCACGCCGAAUAUUCCCAUUGAGAUCACCUCCGAUUACGUCAUCGACUCCACCACCAUUGACGUCCGUCAGACGUCUAUAGAGCAGCUUCCGGAUUCUGGGGCCAUGUCACCGGUUGGCUCAUCUGGUAAAGGCGGUUUCGGGCACAGAGGAGCUAGCUCGGGUGGAGGAGGAGGAGGAGGAGGAGCGAGCGAAAUGCCAGGUGGUGGUCAGAUGCGAGGUGCUGGUCCUGGCGGAGGAGGAGGAGGAGGAGGUGGUGGUGGUGGGGGUGGUGGAGAAGAUGGUGGAGGUGAGAGGGGAGGUGGAGAUCUAAUGACUGACGACAUUUUCAUCAAAGAAGAAGAGGUCGAUUGCUUCGAUCUGGACACCUUGCAGACCACACGCAUCAGUGACCGCGGUUGUCCGAACAGUUUGUCAGAUAAAAACUUUACUGCCGUAGACAGCACGACGUACCUGCCUCCCGAGCCCACCUCUCCGCCCCUAAGUCAGCCUCAGCUUCCUCAGCAACAACAGCAACAGCAACAGCAGCAGCAGCAGCAAAUACAGCAACAGCAGCAGCAACUACAACAGCAACAGCAUACGCCUGUUGCAGGUGCCACAGUUAUACCUGAAGAAGAAAACCCACCUCCUCACAUGUCCACAGAUCCUGUUCAGCUGGCUGAAAUCUUGGCCCGCUGGGUUGCAGAUGCGCACGUCAGAACGUUUCUGUACUCGUCGGAACAUAUCGCUGAUGUGAUGAGGAAGCAAUCCUUGGACAUUUCCAAAGUCAAUUACUACAAAAAUAUGGCACAUGAGGAACUGUGGUUUGACUGUGCUCAGAUGUUAACGUCCGUUAUCCAGCAGAUCAUCGAGUUCGCUAAAGCUGUUCCCGGUUUUAGGAAGUUUUCUCAAGAUGACCAAAUUGUCCUUCUUAAAGCAGGAAGCUUCGAGUUAGCAAUACUUCGGAUGACCCGCUACUUCGAUGUGAAUCAGAAUUGCGUUGUUUACCGUGACACUUUGCUGCCAAUGGAGGCUUUUCUUAAUAUUACAGAAACUGUGGAAAUGAAACUUGUUAACAACGUCUUUGACUUUGCCAAAACUAUUGCUGAACUUAAGUUGACAGACACAGAGCUAGGCUUAUACUCUGCAUUUGUGCUGCUCCAAGCAGAUCGACCAGGUCUGCGUGGGCAGGAGGAAAUUGUGAAGCUCAACGAAGCUGUAGGGCGGUCGCUGUGCCUGGAACUGGACAAAACCCACAGAUAUCCAGUUAAAGGAGAUAUUACUGUUUAUGCCUUCUUGCUGGCUAAGAUGCCAGCUCUCAGGGAGCUGAGCAUGCUGCACCAGGAAGCUCUGAGCAAGUUCAAGAGGGCUGCACCACACCUCCAGUUUUCUGACCUACACAAGGAGAUCUUCAAUGUAGAUUCCUGAGGUGCCUAUGCUUGAAUACCUGAUUAUGAUGAUAAGUGCAUCAGGGGAGCUGAUCAUUCUCCUUCUGGCCCUGUUACUCCAUCACAUUCUUUUCUACAAGUGAAUGAAUAUAUUGUCUGUACAUUACCUUUGUGAUUUGUUUGUUAGUGUUAAUUGUUAGUGCAGAGGACUAUGGACUCUUUAAAAUACCAUUAUAGAUGUGUUGUGAGUUUUACAGAGUCUAUCAUGUGUUCUGAUCAGAGGAUAUCUGAGACUGAGCCGACUAAGGGCUCCUCUCUCCCUUCAUAGCAUUCUUAUGAAGCCCACAGCUGCAGCUGCAGCAGCAGCAGAAGCAGCAGCUGUAGAUGUUGCUGUAGAUGACUAAUAUCAUUUUUAAAGAUUAUCUGAAAAUAAACACCGAUGCCUUACAGUCAAGUGUUGGCAAGUGGCUUCAUAGCUGAGUGUUUGUGAGUCCUCAGUGAACUAGACUUAGUGAGUCUUUCUUGAGAAAAAAAAAAUGUCCAAGGUUGAUGAUACUACACAGUUUAUUUUUUAAGGAGUCAUAUAAAGUAAAACAUCCUUGACAGUGAUCCUUAUCUUUGUAAACAAAAGAUAUUGUAUACUUAAAAAGAAGAUAUUUAAUUAUUACAUGAAUUGUUGUAUACUAGAAAUCUUUAUUGCCUAUAGAUAAAGUUAUCAUUCUCAUCCCUCUCAUUAUAUCAAAAGUUUGAAAGAACAAAAUUAUCAUAAAUUUCAUAUCAUCAUCUUCACUUUUAUUUUGUAUAUAUAUGUAUAUAUAUACAGUAUAUGUAUAUGUGAUAAACAGUAUAUAUAUAUGUAUAAUGUGUACGUAUAUGUGAAUGUGUAUAUACAGUAUAUACAUUAAAUAUAUGCAUAUGCAAUAUACAUAACAUAAUGUGCGUGUGUAUGUUUAUGUAUAUAUAUGAAUAAGGAUGUACAGUCCACUCAUACAUCCAUAGUAUUUUGGAUAUAUAUGCUGCAUAUGUAUACAUAUAUACUUAUAUACAUACAUAUAUACUUAUAUACAUAUGUUUGUAUAUAUAUGUAUAUACAGUAUAUAUCUAUAUUUAGCUUAUAAUUUUGUAUAGUUUAAUUUAUUUUUUGUUCAGCUUUUCCCAGCAAACACAUUAUUGAAAUUGUAUAUUGAGCCAGUUCAUACUAACCUGCAAGUGAUGUGGUCACGAAGGAAAUUAGUGAAGGAAUGGAACAGAGGUACAAAGAAAUUGAUUGAUUGAGAGUCCAAUAGUUGGUCGAUAUUGCUGGCAAUUCAAUUACAUUACCAGAAAACUGCCUUGAACCUGUUUCUUCUGUGUUGUAUUCAUAAGUUUGUAAAUAAGAGAUGACUUUAAACUCUUUUCACUGUAAACGAGUGAAGUAAAAUGAUUUCAUUAAAUUUCUAAAACUCCUCUAUUGGGGCAAAUAGGAAAUCUGGUAUAUAAUGUACUGGGCAUCAUCCCAAACUCUCAAAAAAAAAGAAAAAAAAUAAAAAAAAAUAGACAAAUAAAUAAGAAAAAUGGCCUCACUCUUGGAAACGCUGUGUCGCGUCCUUUGCCCAUUCCAGCCGCGCUAUAGUACAAAUAGGUUAGAGCCGAGGCCAUCCUGCCCUGUCUUGUUUCCCGAAUUCCUGCCCUGGAUCCACUGGCCCGUGACCGCGUCCUCUGAUGUCCCUGGACUGGUAUACUUAAAGCCAUUUCAGUCAUUCAUUCUCUCAGUCACUGUCGUGUGUUCUAAAGGUCUGUGACCCCUUCACCUUUUUUUUUUUAUGAUUAUGAUUUUAUUUUCUUUAUGUGGAGUACUGAGUCUGAGAUGAUCAAUUUGGCUUUAGGUAUAUUUAACCACUGACAAAAAGUGUGCAGAAAGACACAGCUUUUAUUGUAGGUAUUAAGGGGUGGCGGUGACUGGAGACCCUCUAGUGCUUAGUAUCUAGAGUAUUGUGUGCCAAUGAGAGUUGUAGGGCUGCUGUGGGUGAUCCGGAGUCCAACUACAGGAGCAUCUACAACAGCUCGCAUGUCCAGAAGCCUCUCGCGUGUGGGUGGUCCCAGCCCUAUCUACUCUUUAUGGCAUGUGGUCACAGCCCUACUGUACAAAAUCUCCAGGCAUCGCCAGUGAGACUUGCUGCUUGCUGCCGACAUCCAGCUAUUUAUUUAUUCAAAGUGAAUACCAUCCGGGAAAUGUGAAGAAGAAGAAGGUGAAAAAAAAAAUGAUGCUGUGCGUUAUGAGAGAUUUUCCUGGAAGGACCCAGCAAGCAGCAAGUGGCAAAAUCUGUAUAUUGUAUACAGACUCUCCUAUUGGUUAUUGUGCAUUAAACAACUCUCUCUCUCUCUCUCUCUCUCUCUCUCUCUCCCUACGGUCCUCCUCCUCUAUUUUUUGUUUCUUCGGGGUGCGGAAAAAUAACCAGCUAGGACGUCUUGUACUCACCACACAUAAACACACAGGGGUUACAGUAAACUGGUAUUUUGGCUAA